AUGCAAAAUCAGCCAAAUGUUUGGUACAGAAAUGGCAAAAUAAUGCAGUCAAGUGACUCGCCUUGUAGAACUUCUAACCUAGCCGAUUUUUUCGGAUAUCUACCAUCUCGAGAUGGCUUUAACAACUGGCAUGGCUCAUGGAAAAAUUCCUUUCCAAUACAUCAUCAAAACCCACCAUCUUUAAGAUACGAACAAAUUCCUUAUCCUAAUUUUACCUAUCCACAAAAGCAUUUUGUAACAAAUAGUGUCUCUUUACGCUGUGGUGAUCUGGCAAUACCACCGUGGUAUCUUUCAGAAUUAAAAGAGAGAAACAUAAAGAUGCUUAAGGAACGACGAAUGAGGAAGAAACUUGAAGGAAACAAAUCAACGCCUUGCCAAGCUUGGAAGGAUACAGGUCGAUGCAAUUUUGGUCCACACUGCAAAUUUGCACAUGAUGAGAUCGAGCUGAAAGAACCAGAACACCAACCAAUGAAAAUUUAUGUUCACCCGCGUUAUCGAACCACGGAAUGCAAGAACUAUCAAUAUCUUAAAGACUGCCCAUAUGGAGAAUCUUGCUGCUAUAUCCACGGAACAACAAAGCCUCCUAUCGAUCUUGAAAAGCAAAUAGAAAAACUUUUGCUAACACCAAUUAAUACUUCUCCAGUUAGAGAAAAAGAGUUAAGAAACGAUGGCACAAGGUCACUGACUGGAAACACGACAACGAACAUUUCGUCACCAGCCGAAAUAAAUUUUGCAAAUCGAAAGAGAUAUUACAAUUCACAUACAGCUGAAUUAAAUCAGGCUUGCAUCUACUACAGUAAUCAAAGAUCUAAUUAUCCAAGAUAUAUUCUACCGGCCGAAUAUGGGAAUACAGAAUUAUUUUCCGGUUCCACAGGCAUAAAUUAUCAUAGAAGGAUGAAUUUGCCGGCUUUUGAGACAGAUGCCGUGAGAAAUGAGAAAUCCCUUGCACCAUGUCUACCAGGUAUUUCAUUAACCCCAUUGCGUCAGUCCGCUUAUCCAAAUCUACUCGAAUUUCCGCGGUUCAAGUCAUCAUCUACUGUUGAGUUUUUCCAUCGAAAUCCAAAUACUGCAUCUAUCAGCUUUCAGCCAAAUAGCAUUUGCCAAUCAGCCAAUCAACAUGUAUUUGAAAUCGAAAAUGCAGCGAAAUUACAGAUGCAAAAUAUUUAUCACACCGAUAAAACACAACUGCAACAAAAUUUUAGGGUAAAUCGUGUUGUUGAAGAAAAUAGAAAAUUUGGAAACACUGAAAAGUAUGAUCCAUUAAAAACGAACGCUGCAGCACAGGAAGAAAUUGCUUUACAAAAUAAUCGUAUUUUACAAGCACUUUUUGGCACAUCGGAUAUCGCUUAUAAUUAUCGAUAA